AUGCAAUUUACACUUAACUACAUCCAGAACAAACCCGCUGCAAUCGACGGAGCCGUCACCCUUAUUAAGGUGGAGCUUCAAGACCUUAGAGGGAAGUUGAAGAAUAGUAAUAAUGAUGACGUCAUUGAAAGGCUGGAAGACUUGAAAAACAAUGGUCUUGUGAAUGGUGACUGGCCAGUUAACGGUAAACCUCUCAGUGGUCUUGGGAAAAUCGAGAGUGACCUCAGCGCUGAAUUAAAAACUUUAAAGGAUCAACCAAACGCAAUUGACACAGCUAUACGCCAUAUUAAGGCUGAACUCGGAAGAAUUGGAAUUAAGUUAAAUUCAUUCGUGAUGAGUGAUGACCUCACUGACCAGUUGGAAAGAUUAGCAAAGUAUAUUGGAAAAAGUAAAAAUGGAUUUAGUGUUGAUCUCGUGAUCAUUCAAAAGGCAAUUAAGGCGCUCCAAUCCGGUAAGUUCAGCACUGAACCAAAAGCCAUAGAAGAUGCCAACGAAGCAAUCAAACUAGAACUUAAAGAACUCCAAGGUGAGUUGCAAGGCGACAAGCCAGGCAACGAUGUGAUUAACACGCUGAAAGAUUUGCAGACCAAUGGACUAAGUGGCGGUGACUGGAAAAAAGAUGCAAAUACAAAAGGCCUCACAAAAAUUAAUAGUGAACUUCAGCAUCAACAAAUUACGUUGAACGGCCAACCCGGCAACAUUGACCAAGGCGUCCAACAAAUCACCGAUGAGCUUAACAGCCUUAGAGAGACGUUGGAAAAUCAAGUCACCGAUAAGCUGAGAAAGCUGAAAGACCAUGGUCUUAAUGACGGCGGAAACAACUGGACACUUAACGGCGAUGCAGACAAAGGCCUCACUAAAAUCACCACAGACAUCGAGGCCAUAAAAACCAGGGACGUCGACCAAGUGAAGGAGAAACUAAAGGAGCUGUGCACGGCGAUUAGAAUGGAGGCCAACGAGUUAAGCAGGGACUUAAAGCGUCUGAAAGGUGACGGCCUUACUGAGCUGACUGGCAUCAAAAACAGACUCAGUGAUCUGCUGAGCGAGCAGGUGAGGGGUGUGAUAAGAGAGCUUAAAGGCUUUCUAAAAUUCCUCGACAACGGCAAGGCGCAAAUAAUCCGUGACCUCACACAAUUCGUCGACCAGGAACUCAAGGCAGCCGAAGAGACAUUGAUCAAAGAGGCACGCCGGCAGUAUGUCUCCAACAUCAAGGAGGCGCUGAAGGCCUUCGCUUCCAAGGUGGAGGAAGAAUUAACUCCCUUACCCCCGUUGAUAACCGAGGAUCUGCAGAUAGGGUAUAAAGGGUUUGUGAAACAGGUUGAAGGCGGAAAAGGCGUGAACAUUAAUAGGCUCAAAGAUGUGAAAAGCAGGGAACUUCAAGCACUGUCCUCCGCGUUCGCGCACUUUUUCGGGCCACUCAACGAGCAUCUCCGUAAGGAGAUUGAGAGACUGAAGAAGCAUGGUGAUGACGAGAAAAAUCCUUCACUGCCGAAAUCUCAGGACCCUUACGUUCCCUUGCUUGACGCUGUGCACAGCGAUCUUAACAGCCUGCUCAAUUAUCUUUGCGAGACACAGAGCUUCGACCACAGACUCCAAGCGCUGCUCCACAGCCUCACCGACGCGCUGAGUCACCUGCGACCUGAGAGCUUCGCCAGGCCCUCAAGUCCCCUACUGGACGGCCUGGUGGGGGGGCUCACACAGUUCGCCGCCGAGUUCACAUGUGCGUACGUCUCCGCCUACGCCGGCGCACAGUUCACCGCUGACGAAGGUGAGAAGUGCGCCAAGGUCUUUCUCACCCUGCUGCCCACACUGUGCGACGCCUUCACCAGGCUGGCGGAGCAGUGCGGCAAAGGCGGUGCUGCAGGCUGGAGGGACUUGAAGAUUGAUUCAACCAGUAAACUCGGCGCUUUCUUCCACCGCUGCGGCUACAAGGUCUCCACCUCCCACACUCAGCAGGACGGCGAGCUGCGCGACGACUGCAACGGCCACGACGUGUAUGUCCUGGUCAGCCAGAAGAUUGAGGAGACAGAGAACAACGCACACCUCAAAAAAUGCCUCUCCCUCACACACGCCUGUAAUCUCUUACAGCUCCUCAAAUGCCUCUGCACGCACCUCCAGCAGUACUACAGGACGUGCCACCUGAAGGUGCAUCCCUCACCCCGGCCGCCGUGUUCCAUCUACGAGAUGCUUCAAUGGUGCUGCGGUCUCCCGCACAACGCCGUGUACCUGAGCGUCACUCAUGAUGCCCUGCCCUCGCUGUUCGAGGCGCCGGACGAGCAGGACUCUGCGGACUCCGACGUGCCCUUGAUGAACCUCAGCAGCCUGGCGCUGGAGGCCCACCCGCAGAACGUAACACCGGCGUCCCUCACCGACGCACUCACGGAGGUGUGCCACACGUCGCAUUCAGUGCUCACCACGUUACUAGGCUUCGGCCAUGCCGGAGGCAUCUACGCCGUGGACUUCAACACAAACCCGGCAGGCCUGCUGUAUCCCUCUGACUUUGACGCGCUGCUCUGCCUGCUGUACGACGUCAUCAAACGCCUCCACCACCAGCUGUAUUUCCUCUACCGCCGGUGCCUUUACAACGCCCGGCACGGCGGAUGGCUCGACUGCUGGUACGGCCGGGGCGUCGGUGGCUCAGCGUGGAGGUGCAACACCAUGCUGUGUGCCAACCAAAUGUGUGACCAACAGUGCAACCAAACACACAACCAAAUAUGUAACCAACAGUGUGACCACCAUCCCAAGUGCGGCGUCAAGUCGCCGCUCCAGUCGUUCCUCGAGGACGGCCUUGUGGGCUUCCUGCCGCAUGACGUGUCGGCAGAUGGCACCUGUGUCACGUGCUCCGGCUGUGACACUACGUCGCCCGGCCUGCCGUGCAAGACGCCCAUGGGCCUCUCCAACAUUACCAGGCUGGCCUCCCGUGCGUGCCCAGGCAGAGCCAUCAUGGACGUCCUCGGCGCCUUCUGCGGCGGCGCAUCGUCGCCCCUCACCAGGCUCUGCGGCUACCUGGAAUGCCUCCUCACCCGCCCGCCACGGACGCCAGACGACCUGUUCGCCUUCUUCUUCAACCUCACAAAUGAGUGGAACACAAGCGUUGAGCACCGUAAGGCGGCCUUCGAGGACGCCGUCGGCGACGCGUGCUUCUGGCAGCGGGGCGUCACACUGGACGUCUCUGCAAUCUUCGGCACCAGUGACCAUCGUUCCGUCACCAACAUGCCGCACCUCACCGGAGACCUCUUCUCUCUCGUCGAGUGCAACGGCAGUCCAGGCUCCGCUCCGUCACACCCCUGCGGUCCCUACCUCAAGCCACUCGGCCACGACGUCCGCGCCACCUUCGCCAAGGAACACGCCCGCCUCUACCUCUCGUGGAUAGUCUACCUCACGGAGACUUUCUACGACCUGCUCUGUUCACUACUCCGAGACUGCGAGCGCAACUGCGCCGACGCCACGUCCACCUGCCACGCCAGGAGCUGCGCCAACGACUGCACAGCCAAGCGACGACGGAUGGCUCAUGGCUCCAAGCACCAUGAUUCAUGCCCCUCCAUCGUGGACUGCGACUCUACUACGCCCACACUCUUCCAGUACGGCUUCGUGCUCAAAGACGUCCACACCCUCGCCGGAUCCACCAGCGGCCACCAAGGCAAGCGGACCUGCCAGGAUCUCUGCACGGCACUGCAAGUCGCCGUCAAGCAAAUGAAUCCUCUCCACAGGCUAGCGCACGAGACAAUCCCCGAGUACCUCUAUCGCAUCCGUGCCCCCUUCCUCUUCACCCUGUUCACACUCUGGCUCACCGCCACUCUCUACAUCGCCCACUCCCUCCUCUACCGCAUGGACGUUAUGCACAUACGAUCCCACCUACUCACCACCAGGGCAUCCCACCUCAUCGACGUCAAGGCGCUGCUCGCCGGCAGCCGCAGGAUGCUCUCACUCUACAAGGACGUCGAUUACUUCGACGACGACUUUCACUCAUGA